UGAAAUUGUUUUAAUGUAUUCUGGUGACGGUGAAGAUCGUCCAACGUUAGAGCCUGUUAUCUUUGAAAUUGAAAUUGAUACAGCUGUAUUCCCAUUUGCUAGCCUUAAAACUGUGGAACUGUAUAACUACGCCGGUGGAGAUAGUAAUUUAGCGGUGGAAAAUUUGCUUUUAUCCGCAUGA